CCCUAGCAAGCGAUCUUAAUUCAGAACAUUGCACUCUUCUUCGUUUUCGACCCCCGUAUUCCGUUGCUUGCUACAAUCCCAAUGGCGAAGCGAUUGAUUCCACUCUUCAAUCGUGUUUUGGUUGAGAAAAUCGUUCCUCCAUCAAAAACCAGCGCUGGUAUCUUGUUACCUGAGAAAUCCUCCAAGCUGAAUUCUGGAAAAGUUGUUGCUGUUGGCCCUGGCAUUCAUGGGAAGGAUGGGAAACUUCUUCCUGUUGCUGUAAAAGAAGGUGACACUGUUCUUUUGCCCGAAUAUGGAGGAACUGAGGUGAAGCUUGAUCACAAAGAGUAUUAUCUGUAUAGAGAUGACGAUAUAUUGGGAACACUUCACGAUUGAUGUCAAUUGGGAACACUGCAUGAUUGAUGUCAAAGUCAUCGGCGUAUUUGAGUCCUGUUGUAGCAAUUUAUAUGCUAAGUGUCCUGUUAUAUACAUUUGAGUUGUUUAGUACUGUUAUGAUUUCUAUGUAUAAUGUCUACAAUAUACAUUUUGUUAUGAUGCAAAACAAUUCUUUUAAAUUUGGGCCAACAAUCUAGGGGGUAUUGGCCCCAACUUGCAACCCAGUUAUGUGUGCUUCCAUGUCUAGUAGGACUUAAAGUGUGUUCUGGUUGUGUUAUCCAACAACAUUCAUUAUUUUUUUAAGAGGGUAAACUAGCUAAAGCAUGUAAGGAUAAUUAUAUCUAAUUUCCUUCUGAUUCAUUGCC